AUGGAUCCUCAGAACCUGGACCCUGAGCCAGAUCUCUGUCAGGAUCCUCAGAACCUGGACCCUGAGCCAGAUCUCUCUGGGGAUCCUCAGAACCUGGACCCUGAGCCGAAUCUCUCUCAGGAUCCCCAGAACCUGAACCUGGACCCUGAGCCAGAUCUCUCUCGGGAUCCUCAGAACCUGGACCCUGAGCCAGAUCUCUCUCAAAAUCCUCAGAACCUGGACCCUGAGCCGGAUCUCUCUCAGGACUCCAAGCAGAGACAGUUGUUGGGGGCCUCCUGGGGGGGGGUUACUCUCUAUAAAUACAUAACACGUAAAAGCAGACAGUUGACUUCUCUGUUAACUUCAACGGACAUUGACACAAUCGCAAAAAUGUCCGGAGAAUACGGUCCAAUAAUGCCCGCCACUGAGGAAACUCAGGCGCUUUGUGAUCUGGUUCAGUCCAAUGUGGAGGAAAAGACAGGAAAGAAGUAUAUGGAAUUGAAAGCAAUUAUAUACAGGCAGAAAGAUGAUGUGGUAGGAAUAAACUACCUUAUCAAGGUUCAUGUUGGAGGAGAUGACUACAUUUAUCUGAUAAUCUUCCAAGAUUUCGGAGAACAGGUUUUCCUGAUUAAUGUACUGGAGAUUCAAACCAAAGACAGCCCCCUCGUACCUUUUUAGAAACUGAUUGUAAAACACUUAAAGGCUGCAAUGUCAUGUUAAAAUCUUCUGCUUCUUUUUUCGGAAAUGAUUUAACAUUGAUUUUGAAUGUUUUAAAGAUGAGAGAUGAAGAGAUUUGGUGGAAUGCAAUGUCCUUUAACCCCAAAUAAAUAUUCUGCCACUAUC